AUGUCACGCCCCAUCUAUGUGAACUAUUCCCGCCUUGAAGCUGUUGCCGUUCAAAGUGCCAUGCCAUUAUCGUUCCAUGCCACCACCAAAGAGGAAGCGGCAGGUGCCGAUAACCUGAUUUCCUUUUUUUUGCCGUUGUUGCUCGAUACAUCCGAUGAGAGUGCAAGCAGAAAUGUCCAUCGAUGCUCGAUAAUGAAAUUCUUCAGGUUGGCUAUUUCCCCCCUUGAGUUUCCAGUGGGUCCGUUCGUUUGUCAGGUUGUGGGCUAUGCGGGUAAUAUUGUGGGGCUCGCGUGGGCAGGGAAAAUUCCGCCGACUUAUCUCUCCAUUGCUUCAACUCUCCUUCGGCAGCACUCGACAGUGGAUGCAAACACUACUUUCAAUUCUCAUAUCUACUUGGGAGUCCAUAUCGCUAUUCAUGAAGGACUCCAAAUGAAGCAGGCUAUGCGUGAUGUGUGGCUAUAUUCCAGGUCCCUGAUAGCUCUUGGAUCUUCUAUGCUUUGGAUUCCGAUUCGAAAAUCUGCAACUCCUAAAACUGCAAAUAAGCUCUUUUUGUGGUUCAAUUAUUUCCCUUCUCCCGAGACUUCUAUCGCCAUCCAAGGUCUUGGAGACUUCCGAACUCAGCCCAAUCCCCACGGCUUCCACCUUCCUCCAAGCACGCUUCCCUUUAAUCUAGGUCCAUCUCUUGUCCUUGAUCUACGAUUUACGUUCCGCAGGUGA